GUCCAACCGAAAUCAUAUUCGACAAAAACUUGCAACAUGAAGGUCUGUCUUGUAGUGUGCCUUGGUCUGGCGCACCUGGCCUCCGCCAGCAUCUUCAAGAGGCACCACGAGCGCCCCAUGCAGGCGCUCAACCUGCCCCUCACGUACAUCGACCCCACCAGCUACAAGUACGGCCAACUGCUCGACCAGCAGCAACAGCAGCUGCAGUACCAGCGCCAGAAGACCCAGUUCGAGGACAAGUCCCAGGAGCGCAAGUACCUGGACAGAAACUCCCAAGAAGUCAAAGAGAGCCGGUACAAUGAGUACCUCAACCCUGAGACCGCCGAGAUCAGCUCGCAUGAGGCUGAUGAGCAGAUCCGCGUCAACAUCGUCGAGUACCAGAGACCGUUGGAAUCUCAAAUCUGGAACCAACACUCCGCCCUGCCCAUCUCCAGCUACCUCAUCCAGGAGCCGCAACUAUACCAGAUAAGCAGCGAGGAACAGAUGAAACAUCAGCCUCUGAGGAGCAGCGAGGAACAAAUGAAGCACUUCCAGCUCCAGCAGCGAAGCAGCGAGGAACAGAUGAAGAAAUACCAGUCCCAGAGGAGUAGCGAAGAGCAGAUGAACCUAUUCCAAACCCAGCUUAGGAGCAAGGACCAGGUGAAGCCAUACCAGAAGAAACGCAGCGACGACCAGAAGUACUACCCGGCCGUUUACGGCGACAACGUAGAAUGGAGCGGCAUCCGCAUGGCCGUCGGCCCGCACUCCCCCAUCACCGAACAGAAGGACAUCGAGCGAAUCUUCGCUGAUGCCUACAACACCGUCAAAGACUUCACUGAGGAGGAAAAGAAGACCUUCCACCAGAUGUACAUGACCGCCGCCGAGAACGAGGACACCCACUUGAACGUCACCCAGCUUCUCCAAAAGAACCAGUACGUCGUUGAAGAGCACACCAUCAAGACCGACGAUGGCUACAUCCUUACUCUGUUCCGUAUCCCGCCCAAGCAGAAGACUCGUGAUGUCCAGAAGCGCCCCGUCGUGUUCUUGAUGCACGGUCUCCUCGGAAGCGCUGACGACUGGGUUCUCUCCGGCCCCGGUGUUGGCCUGGCUUACCUCUUGGCCGAUGCCAACUACGACGUCUGGAUGGGCAACGCCCGCGGCAACAAGUACUCCCGCCGCCACGUCAGCAAGCACCCCGCUCAGCCCGACUUCUGGCAGUUCAGCAACGACGAGAUCGCGCUCCACGACCUCCCGGCCAUGAUCGACUACGCCUUGAACACCACCCACCAGGAAAAGAUGUACUACAUCGGCUUCUCUGAGGGCACCACCACCUUCUUCGCCCUGGCUUCCUCCCGCCCGGUAUACAACGACAAAAUCAUCAUGAUGUACGCUCUCUCCCCGAUGGUGUACAUGAGCCACACCCGCAGCCCGCUCCUGAAGAUGAUUGCGCCCAACAGCCCAUUCUACGAGCGCCUGCAUCAGAUCCUCGGACACUCUGAAUUCAAGCCAACCCAGGAAGUGAUCCAGACCGUCGGCGGCGAUAUGCUGACCAAGAAAUUCGGCUGCAAGCACGUCGCGUCCAACGUGAACAUGGUUAUGUCCGGUAUGGUGGACAACUACGACCCGAAGAUCAUGCCGAUGAUUGCGAGCCACUUGCCUGCUGGAGCUUCGACCAGACAGAUCAAACAGUACGGCCAGGCCGUGGCUACUACUUUCAGACGUUACGACUACGGGCCCGCCAUCAACAUGAAGGUGUACGGAAGCGAGCAGCCUCCGAAAUACCAGAUGUCUGCAGUCCGCGUGCCUGUGAUGCUGUACUUCAGCACUGAGGACUGGCUGGCUCAGCCCGCUGACGUCGAGCAGCUUCGCUCCGAGCUCCCGAACGUUGACGCGUACCAGGUCCCCCAGUUCAGCCACCUGGACUUCCAGUUCUCUAAGAACGCCCCUGAAGCCGUGUACCAAAGACUGAUCGCCUCCAUCGAGAAGAACCAAGAACAGAAGCAGUACCAGCUAUAAGUUUAGGUUAAUUUUAGUUACUUAAUAUAAUUUAUCGUUCAUUAAUUUAUCAUUGCGAGAUUUGUAUUUUCAUGAAUAAAUAAAUCCGUCCAUCUUA